AUGAGAUCUAGGAAUCAGAACAGCACAACACAAGUAACUGAGUUUAUCCUAAUUGGCUUCCAGCUUUCCAGGCCAUCAGAACUCCUUCUUUUUUCAGUGUUUUUACUUGUAUUUCUUGUUACCAUCGCUGAAAACCUCACCAUCAUCGUCCUGGUAUGCAUGGACCAACGCCUCCAGACCCCCAUGUACUUCUUCCUAUGCAAACUGUCUUGUUUUGAGAUCUUCAUUCUACUGAAUAUCAUCCCCAAGAUGCUGGUGAACUUGCUUUUCUCACACAAGUCUAUCUCUUUCUGGGCAUGCGUCACUCAAUGCUAUUCUUAUUUCUUCUUUGGUUCCUGUGAAAUCAUCAUCAUUUCAGUAAUGGCCAUUGACCGCUACAUUGCUAUCUGCCAUCCUCUGCGCUACAUCAUCAUCAUGAAUGGACGUGUGUGUGUGAGUCUUGUUUUCGGUUGCUGGAUUGGUGCUUUUUUUAGUACUUUUGGGCCAAUUGCUCUCCUGGGCCAACUGUCCUUCUGCAGCUCUAAUGUUAUCGAUCAUUUCUUCUGCGACUAUGCUCCACUGAUCAAGCUUUCUUGCAAUGACGUAGAUGCUCUCCUGAAUCUGGAAUCUGGCCUCACUGCUCUGAUGUUUCUCAGCUCUUUGAGUGUAACUUUUUUCUCUUACCUCUACAUAAUUGUGACUAUCUUGAGGAUGCAGAGCAGCGGCAGUCAAAGGAAGACAUUUUCAACCUGUGCCUCUCACAUCACAGUGGCUUCCAUCAUCUACAGCAGCUCCAUCUUCAUGUACUCUUUGCCCAGCAAAGGUCGGUCACCGGAUGCGCAGAAAGCUGCGGCAAUUCUUACUGCUGUGGUUACUCCAUUACUGAAUCCAUUUAUUUACAGUCUAAGGAAUGAGAAAGUCAAGGAUGCCUUCCGAGACUGUUUGAAGAGACCCAAACAUAUUUUGUGA